CCAAACUAGUUCCCCAGCCACUCCAGGAAUGUGUGGCCUGCGGGUGGGGCUGGGCACAGGAGGGCAGGGCUGAAGGGACACAGUCCUGAGCCAGUUGUUGUGGCAAGCUAAGAGAAGAGGAAGGCCAGGCCAUGAUGGAGGCAGGCCUGUCCUGAUCUUAGGGUCUCUGUCCUUCCCACAGGACAGGGAUGGUCUUGGAGCUUGUGGUCAUGGAGCUGAAGGUGUGGGUGGAUGGCAUCCAGCGGGUGGUCUGUGGGGUCUCAGAACAGACCACCUGCCAAGAAGUGGUCAUCGCGCUAGCCCAAGCUAUAGGCCAGACAGGCCGCUUUGUUCUUGUGCAGCGCCUUAGGGAGAAGGAGCGGCAGCUGCUGCCACAGGAGUGUCCAGUGGGAGCCCAAGCCACCUGUGGACAGUUUGCCAGUGAUGUCCAGUUUGUCCUGAGGCGGACAGGGCCCAGCCUGUCUGGAAGGCCCUCCUCAGACAACUGUCCACCCCCAGAACGAUGCCCAGUUCGGGCCAGCCUGCCCCCCAAACCAUGGGCAGCACCAGGCCGUGAGCCACACAAAGCACUGACCUUCAACCCAGGAUGUCCCAAACUGGUCCCCAGCUCCUCAAUCCCUGAGUCUACAACCCUGGUAGGACCCACACCAGACUGCUUUGCAGACCUGCAGGGCCUAGAACUCAGGAUACAAAGGAAUGCUGAGGAGCUGGGCCAUGAGGCCUUCUGGGAGCAGGAGCUCCGACGAGAACAAGCCAGGGAGCGUGAGGGACAGGCACGCCUGCAAGCGCUGAGUGCAGCUACUGCUGAGCAUGCUGCCCGGCUGGAGGCCCUAGAUGCCCAAGCCUGUGCCCUGGAGGCAGAGCUUCGGCUGGCUGCUGAGGCCCCUGGCCCUCCUUCAGCUACAGCAUCUGCUACUGAGCGUCUACGCCAGGACCUGGCCAUCCAGGAGCGGCAUAGUAUGGAGAUGCAAGGCACCUUGGCCCUGGUGAGCCGGGCUCUGGAGGCUGCUGAGCAUGCUCUGCAGGCUCAGGCUCAGGAACUGGAGGAGCUGAACAGGGAACUCCGUCAGUGCAACCUGCAACAGUUCAUCCAGCAGACAGGUGCUGCAGUGCCACCACCUCCACAGCUGGACAGAACCAUCCCGAGCCCACAGGACCUUCCAACCAGAGAUGAGCCCCUCCAGGGAGUCCCCCAGAGCCAUAUUCUAGUGUCCAGCCUGAGUCCAGAGGGUAUGUUUCUCUCCCUACCCCUAUCCCCAAUCCAUGGGAAGGGACCAGCUCUGGUAUCAGCCCAUUCAGCCUGUGUCUUUCUCACAGUUCCCCCCAUGAGGCAGAGCUCCUGGAGGUAGCACUUCCUGCUCAAGUAGGGAACACUGAAUACAGAUGAGCCAGCACAGCUGGGAUGAGCCACCUGGACAAUGGGCGAGCAUGAUCACGGAAUUCUUUCCCUAAAGUGGGAAAAGCUAUGAUGUCCUGGGGUUUCUGCUUCAGGGGGCAGGAGUGCUAGUGGACAUGUUGUCCUAGUCUUUUUCAAGUCUCCCAAGUCCCCUGAAGAAGCAAUGGGCAAAGCUCAGAACUUACCAGGCCCCAAAGGCCACUACUUACUGGAGGAGAGAGAAGUGUGGACAGUACAUUCAUCCUGUGGAGGGGGGUGUGCGCCUGCUAUUGACUCCACUGAAUAUAUGAUGCCUUCUUGCCCUGACAAACCUCAAUAAACUACCUUUCGAAGGUGCUUAAGUAUCCACUGGGCAGUGUCUGCGGUUCAGAACUUGAGGUCCACAUGGCAACUACUGCUGGGUUCCUGAGAAAGUGAUGUUUUUAGAGGCCAAUACUCAGUAGGGUCCAAAGCUGGGGCUCCCAGGGCCCUAUGUUCUGAUGUUCCUAGGGACAUUUAUUUGUAACCAACCCCUAGCCUGGUGAGGCCUGCUAGCUCAACCCUGGCCUGGGUUUUUAUCUGGACCCUUCUUCCCUUGCUUUCCUUGUUUGGCCUGUGUACCACUGGCACCAGGAACUGAGGAUG